CGGUGCCAGAGGUGAGGCGUGCGUAGGCAGGGCUCUUGUGCAAAGUUCUUUUCGACGUCCUGUGAAUACCAUGGCGAGUGGAUCUUUUAGUCCGUCGUCGUGGAGUCCCGGUGUCUUUGGCAGCGGGGGCCAUGUUCUGAAUAAUGAACGCAACUGGCAGGAGCCCGCGACCCGCUACCUGCGGUCUUCCAGCGAUGCGGGGCAGAGAGCGUCGCCGCCACCUCUAAUGGACCCUAUGCAGAUCCCGUGGUAUCAUCCGAACAUCACAAGAAAUCUGGCAGAGGCAGAGCUGCAGGAAGCAGAAGAAGGUGUGUACCUCAUGAGGCCGAGACGUGGCGGGAAAUCAAUGAAGGGAUUUGCUAUAGAUGUCAGAACUACGCACACCGUGAAACACUUUCCUGUGGACUUUGACAGAGACGCAUGGACUUUUGGUCAAGAGACUUUUACCUCAAUUCCCGCGUUUCUGGAGCACUUCGACAACAGACCUUUACUAGGAGAUGAAGGGGGUAAACUGAUAGUGUUGAAGUACCCCUAUCCCAGAGAGGUGGAGGAGAACCCAGACUACCACUCUUCAGUGACGGCCCACUUCCUCUCAGACCCUCCCAAACACCCCAAGAAGUUGGAGCCGGGGAGAAGGUGCCAGUCGGAUUCAGAGGUCCUCUCAAACUCUUCGGGAGAGAAUACUCCUCUGUCAUCGUCAGUUGAAGAGCCUCCGACACAAAAGACAACCUCAAUACACUCUGUCUCCGUGAGUCUUGUCCCAUUACGUCGUUAGGAAUUGUAGACACUUCUGUAUGCUGUUCCUCUUUCUCCCCUUCUCUCCCUCUUUCUCUCCCUCACCCCCUCUCCCUCUCUUUCUUUAUCGCACAUGCAGCUAGCUUCAAAGGCGGGCUACCUAGUGAAAAUGGGGGCCAAAGUAAAGAGUUGGAAAAAGAGAUGGUUUGUCCUCAAAGACAAAAACCUAUCCUACUACACCAAAGACACUGACACUCGUCCAUUGCGUGUGAUUGAUCUGUCUCAGGCCACCAGCAUCUCCUGUUCGGACGAGUACGAAGAGAAAGCAAACUUGUUCAAGAUUGUCCUGCCAUGGAGGACCUUCUACCUCCAAGCUCUGACUGAAACUCUGAGAAGAGAGUGGGUGGAACUCCUCAGCUGGAGAUUGAGAGAGAUACAGAGACUCCCAGAAGCCAGCUGGAGACCGUCGUCCUAGCACCUCCAGAGCCACACUAUAACAUCUCUACCUAUUAUUCCUCUUGCAAGUUUCUCUUUCUCAUAUUUUUAUGUGGACACUGUUUUUUUAACUACUGUAUCAUCUUUCUCGUGUUGUGAUAAAGCUGCAUUUUAAACGGGAGAUGAGAA